AUGAUUUUAUAAAUUUAAUAAGAUCAUAUAAUCAAAGGAUUUUCAGUUGAAAAAAAUUUUAGAAUAGUUUUUACUGAAAACACAUAAUUAUUAUAAAAUGCAAUUGGAGAAGAAAGAAUAAAAGUAAUAGUAAAAUUUAAUAAUUAUGAGUUUUAUACAGAAUCAAUGGCUAAUGGAGAAGCUAGAGGUUUUGUACACAAAUAUGAAAAAAAUACAUAAAAAGAAAAUGUAUUAAUAAUAUCUAAGAUAAAAUAUGGUUUUACAUAACAAUAAUUAAGUUCUAUAUAAUUAUAAUUUAAUGAAAAUUUAUAAUGGAUUAAUUUUUCAGGUAAAUCAAUUGAAGAUUUUUAUUUAUAAUCAGAUUAAAUAUAAAACUUUUGUGAUUUAUAUACUAGUUUUGAUAUUAAUUAAAGAUCAUUUGGGUAUAUGAUUUAAGCUAUGCCAGAUUGUAAAAAAUAUUAUUUAGAAGAGAUUCAUAAAUAAAUAUUACAAAAUAAUUAAUAUAUUUGUGUCAAAUAUAAUGGUUUAAAUUAUAGUAAUAUUCAUGAUUUGUUAUAUAAUUAAUUGAAUAUAAAAGAUAUUCAAUAUUUAAGAUAUCCUGUUUAAUUUUAUUGUAGAUGUAGUAAAAGCAAUAUAAUGAGUUUAAUUUUGUAAUUGGGAAAAUAAACAUUAAAAGAUAUGUAAAAUAAA